AGCCCCGGUUAGGUAGCAGGAAGAGGGCCCGGGCCGAAGGUGACGCUAAAGCGACACAGAUACAGAGAGCAGGGUGGGCUGUAAGUGUGAGGGAGAUACAAUACGGCAACACUACGGGCGCUCUCCCCCAUCUCUCUGCGGUGAAUGGCGGCAGAAUGGAGCACGAGGGGAGCGGCGGCAGUGGGGGGUCGACCGGGCUCCUGCAGCAGAUCCUUAGCCUGAAGCUUGUCCCGCGAGUGGGCAACGGGACCCUGUGCCCCAACUCCACUUCUCUCUGCUCCUUCCCAGAGAUGUGGUAUGGUGUGUUCCUGUGGGCACUGGUGUCCUCUCUCUUCUUUCAUGUCCCUGCCGGAUUACUGGCCCUCUUCACCCUCAGACAUCACAAAUAUGGUAGGUUCAUGUCUGUAAGCAUCCUGUUGAUGGGCAUCGUGGGACCAAUAACUGCUGGAAUCUUGACAAGCGCGGCCAUUGCUGGAGUGUACCGAGCAGCAGGGAAAGAAAUGAUACCGUUUGAAGCCCUCACCUUCGGCACUGGACAGACAUUUUGUGUAGUGGUGGUCUCCUUUCUACGGGUUUUAGCCACCUUAUAGCACAGACCCUUAUGCUGUGAUGUCGAACUUAAGUUUUAUAGAAUCCUCAAAAAGAAUAAGGUGUGGAACGUAGUGUUUUCUUAGUUCUUCAAGUGGAAGCAACUUGGAUGAAAAAGGACGUGAAGAACAGCAGCUCAGCCUUUCCUGCGAUUUGAAGCUCCAGGAAGUGAAGACCCUUUUGGACUCUUAUUGUUCUCAACCAAACAAAUCAAGUUUUAUUUUGUUUAUCUGUGUGUUUGUUCUGAUAUUUAAUUUAAGCAGUUUUACAGGUGCACCUUUACCCAAAGCCAGGUCAGCCGUGCUUCCGGGUCAGCAGUCUCCGCACUGAAAUUCACAAUAUUGUGUGAGAAAAUGCAGUGAUGCGUAUUUCAGAAAAACUAUGGAACAUAUUGGUUUAUUUCUAAGCAGACUAUACUGUACUAAAAAUCUUAUUUGAUCUGAUCUUGAUUGACAUUUGGUAGACUUUUUUUUGCUACACCUUCACCAUAAUAAGUGCCAAAUAGUUAUGGUUGAAUAUAGCUUUGUGAAAAAAUUUGGUGAAAUAAAACAAACAAAAAAUCUAUAACACACAUAGUGGCUUUGAUUCCACUGUUUUUUUUUUUUUUUGAAAAGGAGCUAACUACUGAAUGAUGUGACAUUCUAUGGAUAACUAUCUUGACCUCUGAUUAUUUAAUAUAUUUUAAAAGAUGUGAAUUUGUUGUUUUAUAUAUUUUAUCAAAAUGAACUAGCUAAUUGAGACUUUUUUCCUCCAGAAUUCCAGUACCACCUUUUCCUGUUACUUCUAUUAAUUUUAUUUAGUUUAAUUGCAAAAACAUCCUAUUAAAUAACUCAAGUUGAAAAUUUUAACCCAGAUGGGUUAGGGUACUCUUGACGUUAAGGCACAUAAAAAAGAUAUUUUAAACAUUCUGUUGUAGUUUUUCUUAGUGACUGGUUUAUUAUUGGCUCUUGAAAAAUUACAGAAGUGACGCUUAAACUAGUGUUAGGGUUAUCGAUUUCUUUGUUUUAAUAGCUACUUAGUCUUCUUAGUUACUUAAUGGUGGAUGUCACUUCCAGAAAGUGCCUGAAGUUUAUUUCUCAGAUGCCUUCCACUGUGUCCUUUACAUUUUCCUUUAAGAGAAUUUAUGUCCUUAAAGAACAUUAAAUACUGAGGUUUUUUCCUUUUUUUAUCCUCACCCAAGGACAUACAUAUACUGAUUUUUAGAGAGAGGGGAAGGGAGGGAAUCAGAGAGGGAGAGAAACAUCAGUGUGAGAGAGAAAGAAACAUCAAUCAGCUGCCUCUCACAGCUGCCCCAACUGGAGACUCGUCGGCUCCCCAGGCCUGGGCCCCGACAGGGAACAGAACCUGCCACCUUGUGGUUCACAGACAGUGCUCCAGCCAACUGAGCCACACCUGCAGGGUCAAAUAUGAAGAGGCUUUUAAAACCCAAUUUUAGCUUUUGAAAAUUUUCUUUUACUGCCUAAUGCUCUUUUUUAUUAAAAGGCCUGAAAACUGUGACCCUCAAAACAGGAUUGCAAAACCUGAAACUGUUCUGUAUGGAAUACAGUCACUGUUGUCGUUAUCUGUUCUCAAAGUAACUUUUGGUAAUUAAGUUUGACAUUUUUUAAAGGAAAGUUUCAUUGAGAGAGUAAGGCUGACAGCCCAUGAGGUCACGUACACACAAACUGUUUCACUUCAAGAAAUACACAUUCUGGCUUGGGAUUAAAAACAGCCAGGGGGACCAAUUUACCAGGGAUAGUCAAAGAGAAAAAUUACAAAAGGAUCACAAAAAUUAACUGGACAUUUUCUUUCAACUAAGGGCCCUUAGACCACUCGUCCAAGUUACAGUGACAUUCUCAGCCUCGGUAGAAAAUCACAGGUAGAGCUGGAAUGCAGACCAAAGUCUAUAAAUGCCCCAAGGUUACUCUCCAGGGCUCAAAUCUUUCUUUCAAGCAACUUUUAAGCCUUUAUUUAAAGACUCCAUUUUUCAUUUCAUGGAGCUGUGAUUUUGAAAAGUAGCCCUUCAGUCUAAGAAAUUUGGUAUAUAUCCUUUAUUAUAAGAAAUGAUUUUAAAAAUCCCUGUGGAAGGGUGCCUCAGCAUUCUCACCUACAGCACUCUUUUGGAUAGAACUUCACAAAUUGAACAAGUGGGCCACUGAUUGGUGGACCCCUCCCCCAGAGUACUGAUUUAAAAACCAUAUUGAUCUAUGAUUUAAAUGUUUGGUUAUUUUUCUUUUAGAGCCAAGACACAAAAAAUUAACGCAUUUUGAAAGGUGUUCUCUGUUUUCAUCCUUUCGUGUUUGCUAUAUUUUGAUUACAUGCUCUUUUCACAAACUUCAGAUGUAAAAUGUAUCUUCAAACUGAAUGUUUCCUCCAUCCAAGUAUGUGAACAUUCUUCUGUGAAUAUAUGUGUAUAUACUUAAUAUAAAUUGAGUUUUGCAGCUUGAAAUGUUUUUAGGAUGAAACUAUUUGAAUGGUAAAGAAUGGCUGUUCCUCCUUAUUUCUUUUGUUUGAUUGUUUUAAAUUUCUCAUUUCAAAUACACAAUUAUUUGGGAGUAGUUGUCCAAAUGAAAAAAUAUCUGCAUUCGUAUUGAACAUUGUAUUUUGCUGUACAGUGUUUUGAUAAUUAUUACCAAUACCUAGCUUUCUUAAGAGACAUACAGAACUACCCCAAACCCCAGCUGUAUAUUCACUUUUUUUUUUAAGAUUUUAUUUAUUUAUCUUUAGAGGGGAAGGGAAGGAGAGAAAUAUCAAUGUAUGGUUGCCUCUCGUGAGUACCCUGCUGGGAACUGGCCUGCAACCCAGGCAUGUGCCGACUGGGAAUUGAACCGCUAUCGUGUGAUUCGCAGGCCCGCGCUCAAUCCACUGAGCUACAGUACCAGCUAGACCUCACCCUUUUUUUUUAAAUGUGGGUAAGGGAGACAGCCCUUAACCAAAAUGCUGACUUCUGGAUUCUUUACAAUGGGUGUUUGGGGGUAAAGGCAUUUUGUGAAAACUUAGGUCCACAUUUAAAUGCCUAACGGAUAUUCCAAGAUAACCGUGGCUCUUUGUGCUGUUAACCACACUCCCCCCCUUUUUUUCUUCAGGAAACAUUACUUCUUAGGAAAUGUCUAAACUAAUGAGAAAAAGUUCAUGCAAUUAUUACCUUUAAAUCCUUCCUUCUGUUUUUUAAGUUGUAUGUUGCCUUUUGAUGCCCCUUCUUACUGCUCUGGUUUGAGUUAAGUUCUUACUGCAACUGCAGUGCACACACCUCCCCCGAGAUGCCGUUUCCUGGAAUGUGAAGCCCUGGUGCCGUGAGCGGCAGUCCACAAGCAGAAACUUCGAUUUACCUGCAUUUCUUUUUGUGCACUCUCUUAGGCUGGUUGUGACUAAAAUCAGCUUAACUUUUUGUAUUAGAUUAUUUCACUAACUGCUACAGUCAAAACGAUCAACUCUUUGUAUGAUAGAAAAUUAUUUAAAUUUUAUUUUUCUACUGACAUUUCUAAUUCUGGUAUAAAUGUUUAUCAAUAAAGAAUUAC